AGGAGCAGUGGGAGCGUGGCUCGGAAGGGCUCCCUGAAGAACGGCAACAUGGGAAGCCCAGUUAACCAGCAGCCCAAGAAGAACAACGUGAUGGCACGAACAAGGCUCGUCGUUCCCAAUAAAGGCUAUUCAUCACUAGACCAGAGUCCAGACGAGAAGCCACUGGUAGCCCUGGAUACGGACAGUGAUGAUGACUUUGACAUGUCCAGAUAUUCUUCUUCGGGAUACUCAUCAGCUGAGCAGAUCAACCAAGACUUGAACAUCCAGCUGCUAAAGGAUGGAUACCGGUUAGAUGAGAUACCAGACGACGAGGACCUCGACCUAAUCCCCCCUAAAUCGGUCAACCCUACCUGCAUGUGUUGCCAAGCCACCUCCUCCACUGCCUGUCACAUCCAGUAGUGAGGCCAGCAGGCUGUGAUCAGUGCUUUCCACUAUAAUUGUAAAAUUUAACAGCCAUUGCUUCCUCCUAUGGUAGGACGUGCACCUCUUUGUGUUCAUGGAGCCAGGAGAAACCAAAAAAUCCAUUUUAUGAUUGGUUGAUGAGUUAUUUUAAGCUAUGGUUAAACGAAGCUGAAGUUGCUCAAUGUGCCAGGCAGUGCCUGGCAGA